AUGGGGAUGGACCUCGCAAAGCAAGGCCAGAUGGUUCCCAUUCGGGACACGGAGACCGUGGGUGACAUGCCGACACCUUCGGGCCAGUGCUUCCAUCACAAGACACCGAUGCCAUGGAGCCUGAUGGAAUUUUAUGGCGGGGAGCAGCCAUGGGUUCCUUCGGGUAUUUUCGGUGCAUCUCAGCAAGGCCGACCAGCACUUGCGCCGGGUAUUCAGCGACGAACCAACGGCAGCUUCCAGGGCUGGCGGAGCACGCUGCCUUCGGAAUGCGAUACUGCCCCCUCGGGGUUUCCUCCUUCUGAUUCUGGUUAUGAGAGUAGGACCAAACACAGUAUCGAAAACACAUCCGUCUUCAACGAUGUGGACCGCAGCCAAGAUACCCAGAGCCUCUCGGGGCAGGUGAUGGACUAUCACCCCUUCGGCAUAACCCCUACCGAUGGGGGCUGGGACAAUAUGGCUGCAACACCCGUUCCCCUAUCCCAAAGCGGUGCCGUUGGAAGCAGAUUGCUUUGUCCGGACUGUCAGGCUCCUUGCAAGACCAAGUCAGAGUUGAACAAACACAAUCAGCGGCACCGCAAAGCCUACAUAUGCAAUGUCUCCGGAUGUACCCGGAAGGAGGGAUUCGGCACUUUGAACGACCUCGACCGGCACAAAGGCAGUGUGCACCCUGACGUUUUUAACGCAGGCCCGCGGUAUCGUUGCCACAUUGGCUCAUGCCAAACCAAGGACAAGAUAUGGCCCCGGGCGGAUAACUUUAGGCAACACCUGAAGCGUGUGCAUCAUCGAAAUAUCAGCUCUGAGGAUGAUCUUAAUGAAUACUCACUGCAGUCAUCACUACAGAGACCCCAGGAUGCUUCAUUUCAGCAGAACGCGCAAGAUGAUUUGGAAGGCGUAGGCUCGGAGCUUUUCAACUCCUACAACGAGGGUGCCAUGGCCUGGGACGACAGGCCGACAACUUUUGAGGAGAUUCAGCUAUCUCCUCAAGAAGAACCGCCAAUGCCUAUGGACCUCAUCCUCGAUCCAUCUCUUACCAGGACCGAUGGCUCAGCAUCGGGCGCAUCUCUCGAUUCAUCGGAGGGUGAUAUAGCUGCUUCCAAGGCUCAGUUACACAACCAAAUUCCUGGUCUGCUUCAUGAGCCUAGACGCCACGAGUUUGUACAACCCAAGGAAAUCACCAGAGCUCUGUCUCCUAAGGCCGUUGUUGGAGCUAAACGUGAUGGCUCCUAUAGCUUCCGUACGGACCAGCAUCAACGUACUCUUAUCGAUAUUGGCUUAGACCGCGAACCAGAUGUUGCGAUUCCAGAAAGAACCCAGAGCAGGUUUCUUGAUGGUUCUCUAGAAGAUAGCAUGGACUGCGAUGCCGCUACCAAGAAGCCGACUCAUCCAGCCCUGGCCGGAUCCAGCGGGGAGAAACAACCCGUCGAACAAGGGGAGCAGCCGACUAAUCGGUCUCCCUCUUUACUUCGGAACAAGAGCCAAGAAGUCAUAUUCGAUCUUCUUUCGCAGCUGCCCAAGAAUGUCAUUGAGACAUUCCUCAAGAACCAGACAGAAGCCGCCCCUCAGAAACCCGCAUCAGCUCCUAUCAUAACUACCAACAACCAGCAUCAAUGCCCGCACUCUACCUGCCAAAAGGGCUUCAACCGAAAGUGCGAGCUCAAGAAACACAUGAAGCGCCAUGAAAAGCCGUACGGGUGCACGUUUUCCGACUGCAAGAAAAAGUUUGGCAGCAAGAACGAUUGGAAGCGCCACGAGAACAGCCAGCACUUCCAGGUUGAGAUGUGGAAAUGCCACGAGAAACGGGCCGACAAUGAGAGCGAAAGCUGCGGGAAGGUCUGUCACCGCCGGGAGACCUUCCGGAGCCACCUUGCAAAGGAACACAAGAUGAAUGAUGCCGUGCAAGUCGACAGGGCACUCGAAAAGUGCCGCGUCGGACGCAACGGCGAGCCCAGGUUCUGGUGUGGGUUUUGCAGCAAGAUUGUCGAAAUUCCGCAGAAGAGCGCUACCGUCUGGGCCGGGCGGUUCAACCAUAUCGACGACCACUACGCAGGCCGGAAUAACCAACCCAAGAAGGAAUACUCAGACUGGGUAGCUAUUAAUCCAUGCCUGCCCAAGGUCGACCUCACCGGCUCUCCGGAUGAUUCUAGCGACGCGGAAUCGGCCGACGAGGGCCCCGUUGUCGUCGACUCGCAGAAGCCCGGGGGCGAUACCCCCAAGGCUGUAAGCUGCCAUACGAGAAAGAGAAGGCUAAGAGAUGACGACGACGACGACGACGACAACGACGACGACGACGAACAAAAUGGACCUAAGCGCAUACGAACGUACAGGUGGUUGUGCUGCGCAUGUGAAUUUAUGGACGCCGACUGUAAGUUGAAUGACAACUGCAUCAACUUCAACUGCAACCACAGACGGUGCGAUAACUGCGAAGUCCAAUGUGUCACGGUCCGGGACAAAAAGGAGGCCCACCGUUCAGCCAAAAAGCAAACGUAG